AUGGCUGCUGCUCUAGAGAUCAUGUUUGCAGUAAUUUUCAGUGUGGAAUUCAUAAUGGGAAUCCUAGGAAAUGGAUUCAUUGCUCUGAUGACCUGCAUAGACGGGGUCCAAGGAAGAAAAAUCUCUCCAGUGGAUCAAAUCCUCACUGCUCUGGCAAUUUCCAGAAUCACUCUAAUUUGGUUGGUAUUCCUAGAUUGGCGGAUAUCUGUGUUUGACCCAGCAUUGCACAGGACUAAAAAAAUGUUGAAAAUGUAUUUUCUCUCCCGGACAGUGAUCAAUCAUUGUAACCUUUGGCUUACUGCAAGCCUGAGCAUCUUUUAUUUUCUCAGGAUUGCCAACUUUUCUAACAUUAUUUUUCUUUACCUCAAGUUUAGAGUUAAAAACGUAGUCUUGUUGACAUUGUUAACGUCUUUAUUUUUCUUGGUCUUAAAUACUAUCAUUAUAAAAAUCUACUCUCACAUGUGUGUUGAUGAUGUUCAAAGAAAUGCAUCUCAGAUUUUCGGACUGUGUAACCAUGCACAGAUUUGCAAACUUCUUUCAUUUACCAACCCUAUGUUCACACUCAUACCAUUUGUUAUGGCCCUGGCAACUUUGUUCCUGCUCAUCUUCUCUCUGCGAAGACAUCUGAAGAACGUACAGCACAAUGUCAAAGGAUGCAGAGACGUCAGCAACACAGCACACACCAGAGCCUUGCAAACUAUCAUUGCUUCUGUACUAUUAUACACUCUUUUUUUUCUAUCAUUUUUCCUGAAAGUUUGGAGUUCUGUGUCACCGGAGAGAUACCUGAUCCUUUUGCUUGUCAGGUCUCUGGGAAAUGCUGUUCUUUCUGCUCACCCUUUUGUCUUGAUUUUGGGAAACAGUAGGUUGAGGUGUGCUUCUCUUUCAGUCAUGUUGUGGUUCAGGUACAGGUUUAAAAGCAUAGAAGUUUAG